CUCAUUAUUUCGCAUUAUAUAUAUUUUUUACAUUUUUGCAUUUUUGCAUUUUGCAUUUUCAUAUUUUUGCAUAUACCAUCGCCACCACCAACAUCAUCUCCAUCUCCAUCUCCAUUUUCAUUUUCAUUUUCAUUUUCAUUUUUUAGCGCUACAUUUACACACUAUUUGUACAUAAAAUAGAAUAAGAUUCAUACGUUCAUACAAAACACUUGCUAUUACAUUCAUUCUUUCAUCUAUUUUAAACAUCAGUCAACCAUUCACCCACCCAUCCGCCACUUAUCAUUUAUUGCGCCUAAAUAUGGUAGACACAACCAAAGUUAAAGGAAUAGGCGCUUCGGUUACCAGCGUCUUUAAACAGGUGAAGACCGCCUGGUCAAUUCCCAAGGGGCGCAGGCAGCUAAUAGCAUACAUGGUUAUAUGCGUGCUGUCCUUUUUGCCUAUCAUUCUCACAGCCAUUGUUUUUGCUGUCUCAACCUCCACGCCAGCCGCCCGGACUGCAAUUUACCUGUUUACCCUUGCAUUCGCCCUGGUAUCAAUAGCCUACAGCACGUAUCUCACACGCAAGCGAAUGCUUAGGGUUCUCGCCAAGAACAAGAGCUUAAUCCCGAUGCAGAACCGACCUCAGCAGCAGAACCAGGCACCCCAGUCAGUGCCAGUGCAUCCCACUCACCGUGUGGACUCGGCCAUUAAUGCAUUCAACAGCGAGCAGCGCGUUUACGAGCAAAGAGAGAAUGUCAGCCCGACACUUGCCUCGCAGUCCAACCUAAACUACCCAAUGCCGCAGCCAUCCCACGCCAACUUCCUCCCCUAUGAGUCCCUGCCGGCAGAAGCUCAGGCAGCUUCGCAGACCAACGGUCUCUACAUGAUGCCCAUGGUCAUGCCGGUGCCCCGCAAUGAGCAAUUGCAAGUGCGCAACCAGAUGUCGCCCAACCAGCAGCAGCCUCCAAGAAUGAACAUGCCGACUGCUCCCACAGGGACACACCCAUGCAACCUUCCUAUGGUUCCGCUGCCGCUGCCCCCGGCACCUGCGCAGCUCAAUAGUAGCGGGGCAACAUUGCCCGAGAUUCCGACGUUCCAGCCAAUCCAUAUUUCGCAAUCGCAGUUUACCACCAAUUCUCGCGCAGUGCCCGCUGCGCCGCCACUUCCGCUCAACAUUGGAUCCCGGACCGCAGAACCCGCUGCUUCUGUUUAUAAUGCUGUGCCAGGGGCAAACACCGAAAACGUAAAUCAGGCGCACCAGAGCGUCAGUCUCAACUUUGGCCCAGAAAGCGACAAUGAGAGCGGCGACGAGAGCGACGACGAGAGCGUCAAGCUGUACUCGUUUGACAUGGUCAAGGUCCGCUCGGACAACAUCCAGGAGGAGCAGUCUCACCAGGCUAGCAGCAGCAGCAAUAACAGGCGCAAGCACCACGACUCGUUCAAUACAUCGUCGGCCAUGCCUAGCACCAGCAAUAUCAAUCCGCUAAGGCAGAGCCAGACAAACGGCGAAGUGCACAGCCACCGUGCACAAAUAAUUCCCGCCGACCAGCUGUCGUCAACCCAAAGUUCGCUGAUUGAUUUGCCGUCACAUGGCGAUGCGCAGGCUACAGCCACCAAGACAUCAAAGGAGAAGUCAAAGCUACGGCUCAGCGCGUUCCCGCCGGUAAGCCCCGAAGACGGGUUUAUCGAGCGGUGGCUGCAGUCCAGCGUCCAGCCCGAGGUACCCAACCCGAUACUGCACCGCAUCGGCCAGCGGAAAGAGGCAACCAUCUCUGUGGCAUCCAGUGUACCCGACCUAAUUAUUCCCGACAAGUUCUCGCAGGCCGAGAGUAGCAAGGCCGUAAAGUCUGCGGCGGUGCCGACAAAAACACAUAAGGCGCAGAACGAGGGCAUGUCUAUUUACGGUGAGAGAGUGAUUAUGCAUUUGGCCGAUGCCAAUGAGCACUCCGAGUCAGUCCCCGACUUGCCCAGCGAUAGUGGCAAGUUGAAGCCGCUUGAUCCCUCCGAUGUGGCGGCCGGUAUCUCUAUGGACCUUAUGAAUCUGGACGAGCCAAUCCUGGAUUCUACGGAUCUGACCCUGAGACGCCCCACGCUAAUUGAUUACCAAAAGAAGGCCGAUGCCAAGCGCAAGAUGCUCAAAGAGCUGGACCAAGUAUCAGAGCGGUCCGAGCCGGAAACCCACUGCGAACAGCAGCAGCAACAGCAGCAGCAUGAGCAUAGGCAGCAGCAGCCGUCCAACGCUGCUAUUGCAGCUGAUGCCUCGCACUACUUCUCGGCCGUCUCGCUUCCGCAAACGCACAAUCAUAUAGCAGCAGCAGCAGCACCAGCACCACCGACCAUCGUGCUUCGUGAAAUAAACGAAGAAAGCAACGAAGAAGACUUUUUGGACAGCGACAGCGAGGACGAAACCCCCGGACCCAUGCCCCAGGCUACUGCUCGGCUGGCCCCUGCUGAAGACAACCAUGGCGUUUGGAGGCCAGAAAGCGCCAAUUUUGACAGCUUGGCUGCUCAACUCGCAAAGGCGAUUGCAUCCUCCGAUGGCGGCCACACUUCCAUCAACAGUACCAAUGCCGCCGGUCUUCGCGAGAGUGUGAUGAUUCAUCCAAAGAUGCAGCGCUCUGAGCAUGUGUCAACUUCGCCCAACCAGAUGACCACAAUGUUCAGUCGCCAGCAGAUCGGCGAGCAUCAUAGAUCCGCCGAACUCGCUGGCCGCCCGAGCAACUCUUCGGAAUCGUCUGAUGGGGAUGAGUACCGUAUUAGCAUGGAAGCGCCGAAAAUGGUCCAAAGACAAUAAAAAUAAGCCCAUGUUGUUCCGAUCUUUCGAGGCUUCGGCCAAUACUCUAUAUAAAAAUGUUUUUUUUGGUUGCACC